AUGGUCAUCCACUCACUGGAUGCCAAGUUAGUCUUGAACAUUUGCAUUCCAGCGAAAGUAAGGACGGUCAGAGUGGACGCAAACAGAAACGAGGUAAACGAUGGAAGAGCUACGAUUCAAACAUAACAUUUUAGCUCAAGAUCAUACCAAGAUUUAACAAAAACAUCACUAAUAUCCCUUACCCAUGAUAAAAGGAAACCAGUGAGAAAACCGAGCUCUAUUACGAAGGAGAGGAAAGAGGACAACUCAGCUGUUAGCCCCAGUACUUUGCAGGCAAAAGUUACCACAUUCCCGGAUGAUCAAUAAAUGGCGGAUGAUUUGCGAGUGAUCUGGUCUUUUUAUGAUUUCAGUGGUUAUAUUGUACCAGUGUGAGGGUGUAGUUCAUAUUUAAGAUGUCAGAGCCGUUGCAGUUUAAACCAAGGAGAAUACCCAACCAGAAUUUAGUUUGGAGGCUACGGCAGAGAGAAACUCACUUUCCAAAACCUGGUACUCAUUGGCACCGAGCAAGAGCGUUUACCCAGAACAUCUUUCCUAAUUACACCGUAGUUAAUGUAGAAACACCUCCUUGUUAUUUGCGGAAAUUCUCGCCAGAUGGUCGCUAUUUUGUGGCUUUUUCGCUGGAUCAAAGCUCUGUUGAAGUGUACGAGUUUCAAGGUCCCAGCGCCGCAGAAACUUUGUUGGCCAGUGAACCCUCAGAUAAUGUGAUUAGAAGCAAAAUGUUCUCAAGUUUCUUCCGUCUCAGUUCUGUAGUAACUGUUGCCCAGAAUGGAGAACAUUUGAACAGAGAGUGUAGUUUAUUUACUGAUGAUAGUCGUUACGUCAUUGUUGGAUCGGCGUCGUAUGUUCCCGAGGAACCUCACCCCUUCUUCUUUGAUAUUUACAGCAACAACGAAUCUGUCUCACCUAACCCAAGAUCACCUCUGGAGGACUACACUAUCCACAUUGUUGAUAUGAAAACUGGAAUGCUGUCUGAUUCCAGAGUCUUUAAAUGUGACAAAAUAUUCUUGUCCCACAACCAGGGGCUAUACCUCUACAGGGAUCUGCUUGCAAUCCUGUCAGUACAGCAGCAGGCUAUACACAUUUUUCAGGUGACCUCUGAUGGAAGGUUCAUCGAUGUGCGCUCCAUUGGUCGAUUUUGUUAUGAGGAUGAUGAAUAUGUACUUACUAGUACUGGAUCAAACGUUGAUGCUAAUGGCCAACCAAUGCGACCUUACAUGGAGACAUGUCUAAAUGGGCUUAAGCACCGUAUACUAGCACACUUGUGGAGGUGUGCAUACAAUGAAGGAACUGCUUUAGCUAUGGGUAGAUUUUACCAGCAUGUAGAGUUGUUUAGAUCUUUGCGUAUGUGGAAAAUGCAGCUCUUUGACAGCAAAAUUCUGCUGAUUAAGUAUGCAAGUGAGGAUGUUGUGACACUGAGAGUGCCUGAUCCAAACUCCCAGCCAUCAUUCUUCAUUGUAUAUGAUAUGGAGUCAACAAAGGUCUUAGCUGUAUUUGAAAACACAUCAGAGAAACUGCUAGAACUUUUUGAACAGUUCUGUGACUCAUUUAGAAAUGCAAUGUUGCAUUCUCCAGCACAGUUCACAUGUUCAGCUUCAAGUAACAUUUUUGCACGGCAAAUUCAAAGGCGUUUUAAACAUACUAUUGUUAAUGCCAAAUAUGGGGGUUAUACUGAAGCUGUUAAACGGCUUCUUGCACAGCUGCCAAUCAGUUCACAGUCUUACAGCAGCAGUCCAUACUUGGACUUGUCACUGUUCAAAUAUGACGACAAGUGGGUAUCUGUGAUGGAGAGGCCAAAGGCUUGUGGCGAUCAUCCAAUAAGGUAAAUUUUUGUUGAUUGCAGAGUAAGAUGAAUAUGAAAACAAUUAGCUUGCCCUUUGGGCAAGCUGCUACUCUAGUUUACUAGCCCAGAGCUCUGAGGAGCUAGCCUAAAAGUUAAUUGAUUAUUGAAAAUAAUCAAAUUUAAUUAUUAUGCAAAAUAACACAGUAAUGCACUGAACACAGAAAAGCUAAUCUUUGUUGAAUUUAGAGGAAUAUUGCUUCCUGAAUGUUUUUAAUGAUAAUAAUAUAAUGAUAAAAAACCGCUACAUUUUUACUGACCAUGCUUUACUCAAAAUGCAGGCUUGUCUUGACACUAAAAUAUGGGAGAGUUAAGUCCUUUUCCCUCCCUGGUUAAUUUCCCCCACCAGUCCUGGCACAAGUCACUGUGAAAAAUAAGAGUGGAUUCAUUUGCAUCAUAUGUGUAUGGCUGUUGCAUUCGCCCAAUGGAAUUUAUUCUUUUUAAGCUUAAAAUCAAUAAAAAAUUCCAACAGGCAAAUGUGACAGCUAUACACACAUGUUGCAAAUGAAUCCACCCUAAAUGGAAUAUUACUUAACUUUUGAAGAACAAUAUCGCAAAUAACUCAGUAGCAAAUGGAACAUUGUUGCAGGGUAAUAUUUCAUUAGUCUCACUUGCGUAAGCAGCAAACUCGUAAUCUGUUGCUUUGCGCUAUGAUUCUUCUCUUUUUUCGACCACCGUAGUGUUCACUUGUUCCAAAGUAAUCAAUGCCCAGUAGAAUUCAUGGACUGACCUGUUCUGGAAAAGCUCUACAAGACAUGCGUGGCUUUGGACACGCAACGAUUCUUAUUCCCAGUUUCCACUUGAUCACAUUUUGAAGUCCACGGUCAUAAUCUUUACUGUGUAUUAAAUAGGGUUGUUUUUAACUGGGUCAUCCACAUGUCAGUUCUUUGUAGUUUAAUGGGUAUUGUGGACAGGUGCGAUCACCAAAUGACAUAUUAUUAAAGGUUGAAAAGAUACUGAAAAACACCAACACCACAAAACAAAAGCACAAAGUUUUGGGAACACGAAGAGACAUCCCACUAUUUUGGAAUACCAUAGUUCAAUUUUGUUACCUUUAUACUUAUGGAUCAGUCUAUUCUCUUGUACUUACUUCUUAAAAACAAUGCUAAAUUUGUAUGUUUUUUUUCCUUACAGGUUCUAUUCCAGAGAUUCAGGGCUUCUUAAGUUCAAAAUCCAUGCAGGAUUUCUGGGUCGCCCCAUCCCACCAACAGGGAAGAGACUUGUGGCUUUCACAUUUCAUCCACUCUACCCUUUUGCUAUCUCAGUGCAGAAAACCAAUGCAGAAUAUGUUGUCAACUUCCACAUUAGACAUCUCACAAGUGGAGUAGAACAUUCUUGA